AUGUGCUACUAUGGCAAAGUUGUGACCCUGCAGUGCACAAAAGACGCUCAAUUCAUUGUGGUUGUGUCCAGAGAUGCUACGCUGCCCAACAUUGAUCUAGACUCCAUUCAAUUCUCGGCUACAGGUUCUAGCUGCCAACCUGUUGGAACAACCUCAGCGUUUGUUAUCUUUCAAUUCCCAGCAGGUAACUGUGGGUCAACUGUGGAGGAGGAUGAAACUGGUGUAAUCUACGAGAACAGAUUAGCGUCUUCAUAUGAAGUUGCUAUUGGUCCAUAUGGAGCUAUCACCAGGGACAGUCAAUUUGAGUUGAUGCUUCAGUGCAAAUACACUGGAUCUGCAGUGGAAGCUCUGGUGCAUGAAGUUGGCACGCUUCCUCCUCCUCCUCCUGUGGCAGCUCCUGGUCCUCUGAGUGUGGAGCUCAGGCUGGGCAACGGACAGUGCACAAUGAAGGGCUGCGCAGAGGAGGACGUGGCUUACACCUCCUACUACAUGGACGCCGAUUACCCAAUUACAAAGGUCCUCCGCGACCCUGUUUAUGUGGAGGUGAGAAUGCUGGAUGUGACAGAUCCAAACCUGGCACUGACACUUGGCCGCUGCUGGGCUACCUCCUCCCCCUACCCCCAAAGUAUGCCCCAGUGGGAUCUGCUAGUCGAUGGCUGCCCCUAUCGUGAUGACCGCUACAUGUCUACGCUGGUUCCUGUGGGCCAGUCACAAGACGUGAUGUACCCAUCACAUUACAGACGAUUCAUUUUCAAGAUGUUCACAUUUGUAGAAACUGGUCCAAGUAGUCCUCAGAUUCAACAAGAUGGGGUGUUCACACCGUUACAAGAGAAGGUGUACAUCCACUGCAACACCGCAGUGUGCAAACUGGGUCCUAAUAGCAACUGCCAACCUCAGUGCUUCAGAAAGAGGAGAGAUAUUGCUGCUUCAGUGAAGAGCGGUGCUUCUGACACUGUUAUCGUGAGCAGUCAAGGUAUCAUCAUGGUGAAAAGCACGGAGCUGUAA